AUGAGGGGCGCAGGACUUGUGACCGGACUCAAGCGGGCUACCAGCUCGCUCGCCCAACCCACGCGGGCGCGCAUAUGCCCGGAAAAGGCACUGCUCAAAGCAUCCUUCUCUACCACCACUGCACGCCGCGCAGCAGAAUCCGAAUUCGAGCCCUUUGAGGCGGCCGCUCCCAUCAACUUCGAGGAUGAUGAUGAAACACCGAAGCUCCUGCAGAGGGUCCGCGUUGUUCCUGCCUCGCCCUCAUACUUCACCGCCAAGCCUUCGUUCAUCGACGACAUUCUCGAAUUGAAAGCCGUCCUCCGCAAGUACGAGACGCUGCCGCAAAUCGAGCCCAUACACGCACCAAGAGUCGCCUGGAAGUCUUUGGCAGAGUACAAGAACAAGGCCGAUGAGCCCAUCAAGAUUGCGCAAUGGCGGAAGCUCCAGAAAGUUCUUCAACGCCUGAACUACAUUCACCCCACCAUCAUGCCCGAGGAGGCUAAGCAGGUGAUGGAAAAAUACAAGAGAGCAAUCAACCCCUACGAUAGGCAGCCAAGCCCAAAGGCGCUCGAUGAAAUGGGAAGAGGAAUGGGAGUGGGUCGGAGAAAGACUUGUUCAGCAGUCGCAUGGGUUGUGGAGGGCGAGGGUGAAGUCCUGAUCAACGGCAAGACUCUGACGGAGACCUUCAAGCGGAUACACGACCGGGAGAGUGCACUCUGGGCGCUCAAGGCCACGCAGAGAUUGGACAAGUACAACGUCUGGGCACUUAUCAGAGGUGGAGGUACGACUGGACAGGCCGAGGCGCUGACGUUGGCCAUCGCGAGAGCUCUGAUGGUGCACGAACCGGCGCUGAAGCCUGCCCUGAGAAGAGCUGGGUGUGUUACUCGCGAUCCCCGUAAGGUUGAGAGGAAGAAGCCCGGUCACAUCAAGGCCCGCAAGAUGCCUACCUGGGUCAAGCGUUAG